UCAAAGUACCAUUGGACUUGUGAUUUAUUGUUUAACAUAAUAUUUAAUAUGUUUUCUUUCGACACGGGUAAACGGGUAUGGGACCGGAUAACGGUAAUUGACGUGUAUUAUUUAAUACCAUAUCAGUCAAAAACUCGUGAACACUUUUAUAACUAAUCUCAUGCCGGGCCAUAUACAUGUCUCGUUAUCUGUCAUGAAUUUUUUGGUUCGGGUUUCUCUGUCAUCUCUAAAUAGGAAUAUACAGAAAUCUCGGGUCUUUGGCCCGUUUUUGCAACUCGUUGUAAGUAAGUCUAUUAAAGUUUUAAUAUAACGUGCAGACGCAAAUCAUGAAGGAGUAUCCAGCAGAAUUGACAGUGGUGUUCUUUUACAACUUAAUAAUUAGCCUUUUGGCUGCAAUUGUUGGGGCUUUUACUGAACCAGAUUCAAGUACUUGGCGGAUCAAGCCCGAUAUAGCCUUAGCCUCGAUUUUGUGUUCGGGUGUGCUUGGUUCAUGCUUGAACAUCAGUGUCCACACAUGGGCAUUGCGCGUAAAGGGGCCAUUAUUUGUGGCAAUGUUUAAACCGUUAUCGAUUGCUAUAGCAGUUGCCAUGGGUGUUAUGUUCCUAGGGGAUGACCUUUAUCUUGGAAGUGUGAUUGGAGCAACCAUAAUAUCGAUUGGGUUCUACACGGUGAUGUGGGGCAAAGCACAAGACGAUGAAGUUAUGAACUUGGAUUCGUCUUCAAUGCCAAAAUCGCCGUUGUUGCAGUACAAGGAUGCGGAUGAUGUGGACGUCGAGAGAAGUUAAAGUAAAACCGUGUUACUUAUAUAAGCUAUGUAAUAUAAUGUUUAGGUUGAAUGGUACCAUUGUAAAUGAUUUAGAAGCUACAUGUUGCAUAUCUUUUUCCUUCUGUUGAAAAACAAUUGAAGUGUAAAAAUUUUGAUGGAAAAAAAAUCUUCAACCUUUUUUUU